AUGUCCCUUAACGGUGCAACUAGCAAUGGAAAAACACCAGUCCAUGAACGAGAUUAUCACGCAGCCUAUCAUGAGCGACGUCUGGUCAAUGUGCAGCCCGCCCGUCUAGAUGACCUACAGCCAAAAUAUUCAGAACAAUCAUCAGGUAAUAUCAUAAAUACGUUAAAGAAGAUCCGAGAGCUUGCUGUGUUUAUUAAUGCUAGUCCUCAACGACGUGACGCUUUCCAGUCUCUUCAAACAACGCCCAUCAGGCUUCUGCCAAUCCAGGAUCUACGCACACGCUGGAAUUCAACAUUUUUGAUGCUCGAUCGUGCUAAGCGACUACAGCGAACCCGUGAUGUAACAGUUCAUUUUGUGUUCAGCAUCUAUAACAAACUGUUCAAUCAUUUUGAUACGGCUGAAGAAAAGCUUGAGCGAAAGAGUGUUCUCUGGAAGAUUAGGAUGCUCCAGGGACUACGUGCAGCCAAAGCUAAGCUUAGGAAGUAUUAUACAGCUACUAAAACUGAGCCAUAUGGAACAGUCUAUGCAAUUGCUACCAUCCUCUGCCCAUCUAAGAAGCUCCGCUACUUUGAUAAUGAGGACUGGCGAGGGACUAAUGCAAAUGGUGAGCAGGCUGACUUCAUGAAGAUCUAUCGGAACAAGUUACAAACCGAGUUUGAAAGCUACAAGCAGCGUAUUCUUCCCCAGAUCAAAACUACAGAGCCUAAAGCCUUUCAGGUUGAUCCUGAUGACGAUCUCGCUUUUAUCAUGGAUUCACACACUCUCCAACCCGAGGUAGAUCGGCCAGUGGAUGAGAUCAUCCAAUAUCUCUCAAAAGGCCUUACAAGAGGAAACCCUCGUCUCUCCUGGAAGGAGAAUGAGCAGGAAUAUCCAGUGCUUGCAGCACUAGCCCGGGAUAUUCUCUCUCUACUCCUGCAAGCGGUGCUGGUGUUGAACGGCUCUUUAAUUCUUAUGCUCCAUUUCUUCUCCUCCAAGUUCGAUCUCCAGCAAAGCGAGCUUGAUCUAAUUAAGGAGUAUACCUUAGAGGGAGAGGCUGCUAUCCUUAAUGAGUCUUGGAAGCCUUCUCCAUCACUGAAUGGCAUUGAUCCUAUUAGUGACGACGAGGAGGAGGGUAGACACCAAAUUGAGGAGCUACUAGAUGAACCAGAGAGUGAUUUGGAGAAUGAAGCACAUCUUGCACAGGCUACAACACAGAGGGCGAUCGGGGAGGAUUCGGAAGAGGCCAAAGAUGCCGGAUGGCUUUGA